AUGGCCGAUACCAAUAUCAACACCUUGCUCGGCAGCGUGUCCUGGGAGAUGAUUGAGCCUGAAGAGGACAAGUUCGACUUCUCGGUGCUCGACGAAGUUAUUAGCGCCGCACGGAAGCAUUCUAUGCACUUGAGGUUUCCGCGCGUCAAGCUUCGAAAGGCCGGAGGUCGCCUCGAGACGGGCGACGUUCUUUCAAUCUUCAGCGCCGAAAGCCGCAAAGCAGACGCCAAGGCCUUUGGCCGACUAAUGGAGCACUUGAGAGAGAUUGACGAGUCGCACUCUACUGUUCUGAUGGUACAAGUCGAAAACGAGUGCGGUGUACUGGGAGAUUCUCGAGACGGUUCAGAGCUCGCAAAUAAAGCCUUCCAUGAAUCUGUCCCAAGGGACCUUGUCCACUUCCUGUCCGCAGAGUGGGAUCAACUACACCAAGAUAUGCGAGAGCAGAACCUGACGCAAUUCGAUCGUCAAAGUUCACAACUCGAUGGAACCGGUGACUGGGAAUCUUUGUUUGGAAGCAGUCCCCGGACGGAUGAGUUAUUCAUGGCUUACAACUACGCCCUCUACCUGAAUCAAGUUGCCGCGGCCGGAAAGGCAGCGUACUCCAUCCCGCUUUACACCAAUGUAUGGAUGAACUACGUUGGUGAAGACUCGGACAAUGACUUUCCCGUGGUGGUGGGCGGCGGCGGCCUGCCGGGUGACUAUCCCUCUGGAGGCCCCGUGAGCAACGUCUUGGACGUAUGGAUGCGCUUUGCGCCGAAGCUGGACUUUAUCGGACCGGAUGUCUAUCUCAAUGACUACGCCAGUUCUUGCGCCAAGUACAGGCACCGGAAUCAGCCUCUCUUCAUUCCGGAGCAACGACGAGAUGACUACGGAGCGCGCCGCAUCUGGAUUGCGUACGGUACUUACGGUGCUAUGGGGGUUGCCCCUUUUGGUGUGGACACCAUCGAGCCAGAGGACAGUCCUUUCACCAAGCACUAUGGUCUGUUGAAGUCUGUUUCGCCCAUCGUCCUUGAAGCACAACGACACCUGAACACGUCAGUGGGCUUCUGCUUCGACGAAUUGCCGGCGGAUAACACCGGAAAGGACCCAAGCCCCGUCAUCCGUCGUACCUGGGGAGACUUUGAGAUCACCAUAGAACGGUGCUUCGUGUUUGGAAGGCCAGGAACAGGGGCUGGAAUGGUGAUACAUCGAGGUGGAGGUAGAUUCUUGCUCAUCGGCUGGGGUUUCCAGGUCAGGGCAAAGGCAUUGGGUCAGGGCCGGAGCUUCACCGGCAUCCUGAAGUUUGAGGAGAAGAUUGUAGGGGACGAAGGGACCGGCCAAUUGAAAACGAGUAGGGUUUUGAACGGGGAUGAGACGAGGAGCGGCAAGUUCGCGAUGAUGCCCAACGAGGACCCGGAUUAUGGCGGCUUUCCGAUUUCCGUCACGAUCCCAGCCAGGACGAUGAUUGCUGAGGUCACAUUUUACUCGUUGUCUUAA